AUGAAUAAUGUAUCAAGAAAUCUCUAUGUGGGAAAUGUUCAUCCUGAUACUGAAUCACAUGAAUUAAAGGAAAUAUUCGAACGAUAUGGAGAAGUCGAACGGUGUCAAGUAAGAUUUGGUGGACCAACGUAUAACGUCGCAUUCGGAUUUGUUUCUUAUCAUUCAAUUGUUCAUGCUGAAACUGCACAACGAAGUGAACAUGGUCGUGUACAUCGUGGUCGAACUUUAGUUGUUGAAUUCACCAAAACAACACCAGGACAAAAUUUGAAUCGAAAUCGACGUACAGACAAUCGAGAAGACAAUGAUUUGAAUCAGUUACGAAGACCAAAUCGUUAUGAAUCAUAUGCGGGAUAUCGACGAUCACGUUCAUCAUCGAAUAGUCGAAGAACAUCAAGACAUCGAAGUCCAAAAAAUGAUCGUCGUCGAAGACAUGAUCGUUCUCGAUCACCACAUAAACAACGAUUAGGUUCAAAACGACAUUAUUCAUCUUCAAAUGAUCGUAGACGUCGUUUAUCACAUUCUUCCAAAGACAAUAGAUAUUAA